UCUCUCACUCGAAACUUGAUGAUUUCAACAAGCAACAACGUUGAGACUCCAAAGUGCUUCCCUCUCGCCUUCUCCUUUUCCUACUUUCCUAUUAGUCUUAGUUGCUUGAUUUUCUGGCCACUGUUGCUGUUCCAAAGGGUUCAUCUCUCCAUAUCGCAAUCAAAUUCCUAGCUAGAAUGGGUGAUCGGCAUUUCUAGGAUUGAUGCAUCUGUCUCCAAUCAGCACGGAUGGUUAUUCUUACACCUGAUUUUAGAUCUUCAACUGCAUCGGCCAGCCUUGAUGUUAUUCGCCGGUGAAAGAUGAGUUCCGACAAUUCUUUGGAGUUCACUCUUAGGGAUAUUCUUGCUGCGAUCAAUCCCACAGGAGAUGACUGGUCCGCAAGACUGCGACUCAUUGAGGAGCUUCGAGUUGUUGUUCGGUCUUUAGAAAGUCUUAGAGGUGCAACUGUGGAGCCAUAUGGGUCAUUUGCCUCUAAUCUUUUCACAAGGUGGGGAGAUUUGGAUGUAUCAAUAGAGUUACCCAAUGGUUCUUACAUUUCAAUGUCUUUUGGAAAAAAGCACAAGCAGACUUUACUACAAGAUGUAUUAAAAUCUUUAAGGAGGAGAGGUGGAUGGCAGAAGUUGCAAUUUAUUGCCAAUGCAAGGGUUCCUAUUCUGAAGUGCAAGAGCAGCUAUCUGAACAUCUCUUGUGAUAUAUCGAUCAAUAAUUUGAAUGGCCAAAUGAAGUCCAAAUUAUUGUUUUGGAUCAAUGAGAUUGAUCGACGUUUCCGCGACAUGGUUUUAUUGGUCAAGGAAUGGGCAAAAGCACAUGAUAUCAAUGAUUCUAAGUCUGGCACUUUCAACUCAUACUGUCUAAGCUUGCUUGUCAUCUUCCAUUUUCAGACAUGUACACCUGCAAUUUUACCUCCUCUUCAAGAAAUCUACCCUAGAAAUAUGGUUGAUGACCUUAGAGGUGUGAGAGCUGAUGCAGAGAAGAAUAUUGAAGAAACGUGUGCUGAGAAUAUAUACAGGUUUAGAUCGGACAAAUCCAGAAUGAGAAAUUACAGUUCUUUGUCCGAGCUUUUCAUUUCAUUUCUUGCAAAAUUUUCUGACAUUAGUUCAAGGGCACCAGAGCAAGGAAUCAGCCCGUGUUCUGGACAAUGGGAAAAUAUUGAAACCAAUACGAGAUGGCAGCCAAAAACAUAUGCACUAUUUGUUGAGGACCCGUUUGAGCAGCCAGCUAAUACUGCCAGGACUGUUAACCAGAGAAAUCUAUCGAGGAUAUCAGAAACAUUUCAGACAACCCACCAAAUGCUUAUAUCAGGCAAUCAGGAUUAUAAUUCUGUCCUUGCAACUCUAGUGGGUCCUCAAGUAUCCCAAUUUCUUCAAAGGCGGCCUGUUCAUAAUCCUAGACCUAGAGCCUAUAUCAGUCAAAACAGUAGGGCUCGUCCUCAGACGGAUAGGGCGGUGAAUUUGUCCAUGCAAGGGCAGAAUCAGUUUCAGAAUGCUAGAGUUGAUAGGAGACCCAACACCAACGGUGCGACCAUGCAGAGAACAGUUAAUGCAGCUCAGAAUCAAGUCCAGCAAGUAUGGAGACCAAGAUCUGAUAGAUGAACAAUACCAAAUUAGUUUUUCUUCUGGGUGUAAGGCAGUAGUUCAUAUGUGAAACCAACCCAAUAUGCUGCCUGCUAGUUCACUCAUGGAUUUGUUGCCUUUCUGGAGAAAUUUUAGAAGAAUUUUCCUUUCCUGAUUAAUGUUGUUUUGAGACUGCCAUAUAGUGUCAUACUAGUGAGCUGUGAUUCUACAGCAUUUCAUUAUAGAUGGAGAAAUCUUUGGAAGAUGUCAGUUAAGAUUGAGAACUGAUAGCCAACGGAGCCUUGGCUUAGUGGCAAGGCAAAGGCAUCGGGUCUUUGUGCCCAGGUUUGUUUCCUGCCAAGUGCAGGGCGUUAUUGCUGGUUUUAAGGAGUUGUACUAUAUUUGUGCUUUGAUCUGUUGUACUUUAAUCCCUAUAUUCACAUGAGUGAUCAUAAUGUAUUGAAAUGUACUUGUAUCAUAACAAAAAAAAAAAAAAUUGAAAAUUUAUCAUGGA